AUGUCGGCAAUGGAUGUAUUCUGGGCAGCUCCGCCUAUUUCAAGGACUUUGGCUGCUUCUAUCUUAACACUUUCAAUUUUGGUCUACACUCAUCUUCUACCUGGGUAUUAUGUAGUAUUUUUGCUUCAGCCGAUACUCCAAUUUCCGCCUCAGUUAUGGCGACUAAUUACAUCAUUUCUCAUCACCGGCCCAGAUUUGGGUAUUUUGUUCGACACAUACUUUCUAUACACUUAUGGAAGCAAGCUUGAAACAGCUUCGCCUAGAUUCUCUCAACCAGGAGAUUUCUUGACAUAUGUAUUGUUUGUUUGUGCGACGAUCUUGGGAUUGAAUGCGUUGAUAACUGGCGGGGUGAUCUUUACAUCGGCAUUGGUAUUGGCUUUCGCAUAUACGGCGACACAAGAUGAUCGUGGCAUGAAAGCUACUUUCUUCGUCAUUACCAUACCAGCACAAUGGAUGCCAUAUGCCAUGCUUCUCAUGACAUUUGUGAUGGCAGGUCCUGCUCAAGCCAAGGUUCAAGCUACAGGAUUGGUUGCGGCACAUUUGCAUGAUUUCUUGACAAGACUUUGGCCUACGUUUGGUGGCGGAAGAAAUUUCGUUCCAACACCAGGAUUCAUCAAGAGACCUUUUCAAACAACUCGAGCCACCACUACUGAAAGAACGUAUGGUACUGCGGUCGCACCAGCACAACGAUCUGCGGAUACUGGCUCUACUACUGGUUCUUCUGGAAGUAUUCUACCUGAAUCAUGGAAGAGUCGUGGAUCAGGACACAGAUUAGGAGGUGAAUAA